AUGGCUGUUAUUCCGGUUUCCAUUUCGCCCGAGCAGGCUCAGGCUGCCAUCGAUGAGGCUCUUGAAAAAGUGUCCACGCAGCUGCGUGAAUUGAACCAUUUUAUCUGGUCGAACCCUGAAUUGGCCUAUGAAGAGCACAAGGCACAUGACGCGAUCUGUGAUUUCCUUGAAAGCCAGGGUUUCACAGUCACCAGACACGCAUAUGGCGUGGAUACAUCCUUUGAAUGUAUCAGCGGAACAGAAGGCCGCCUGAUCAACUUCAAUGCCGAAUAUGAUGCGUUGCCCGAUAUGGGACACGCCUGUGGACACAACCUCAUUGCCACGAGUAGUGUCGCUGCCUUCUUAGCGCUAGCCCACCUACAGAAGAAGUUUGGAACUGGUGGCAGGAUCCAACUCUUGGGUACACCUGCAGAGGAGAAUGGCGGUGGCAAGGAAAAGCUGCUCAACGCAGGAGCUUACAAGGAGGUUGAUAUUUCCUUGAUGUCUCACGGUGGACCCAGUGGCCAGGCUCUGGUUGGAAGCCCAUGCGACGGAGCGGCAGGGAUUAUGAUGAACGCCCGCAAGGAGCUGCACGUAGAGUAUUUCGGUAAGAAUGCCCACGCUGGUGGGAACCCGUGGGAUGGUGUGAAUGCUUUGGAUGCGUUGGUUCAGGCAUACAACGGAAUCUCCAGCUUAAGACAACAGAUUCUGCCGGAUGAGCGCAUUCACGGUGCCUUCCUGGAUGUACCCAAGGUUGCCAAUGUCAUCCCCGCCUACACCAAGUCUUACUGGCAGAUUCGAAGCCCAACUUUGAAGGGAUUGACCAAUCUGAUUGCCAGAGUCCGGAGCUGCAUCGAGGGAGCAGCGGUCAUCACCGGCUGCACUGUUGAGAUUGUCGAGGAGGGACUGUACACUGAUAUUGUCUUGAACGAAACCUUGUGUGAGCGAUUCAGCACUCACAUGGACGCUUAUGGAAGAAAGAUUAUUCCAAAGCAUGACAAGGUCUUGACUGGAUCUUCGGACGUUGGUAAUGUAAGCUACGCCGUACCGACACUUCAUUCGAUGUUUUCCAUUCCAUGUCCGGAGGGCAGCUUCCCCCACCACCCUAGUUUCACGGCGUCUGCUGGAACAGAUGAAGCACACACUGAGGCCGUUCUUACUGGCAAGGGACUGGCUAUGGUGGGAUUAGAUAUGUUGACUGAUGAUGCACUUUUCCAAUCUGCCAAGUCACAGUGGGAAGGACUCAAGCCAGCGGAAGCUUGA